AAAUAAUUUCGAAAUCACAACUCAGUUUAGGUUGAGUCGACGAUCGAAGCAGAAAGCUGGAAUUAAAGCUUGCCGGGUCACUCUAAAGAUCGGAUUACACGCGCUUAUUGUGAUGUGUUCUAGUGUGUAAAAAAAUAAAAUCUUUAAUAUAAGCUUUUAUUUUUUAAAACAAUAAAAUAUAUUGAGUAAAAAAAAAACAAUUUAUUAUAUAUAAAAAAAUAUAUCGAAAAAUAUGAAAUUCAUUUUUUUCUCCGUUUGGUGCUUAUCAGUGUUGUUUUCCUUCACAUGUAGUAUUAAUGUUCCAGAUAAUGGAAAAUUGCGCGUUUGUAUUGUUGAAGCGAGAGGUAUAUACCGUAAAACCCCCAAAUUUUGUCCAACAUUGGAGGCUACGUCUAACAUAGAAUGUGUUGUUGGCGUAGAUCGAUUAGAUUGUGUACGCCGUAUACAUAAAGGCACAGCACACUUUGGCGUAUUGACCUCUGAAGAUUUAGUCGCAGCUCGCUGGGCUAGUGUGGAAAUUCUUGUAGCUAGUGAACUACGUGCACAUAAUUCACCUUUCGAAUACGAAGUUGUCGCUGUAGUCGACAAUGAAGCUGAUAUAAACACUGUACAUGACUUACGUGGCUCGAAAUUAUGUCACCCAGGAUAUGGUCUAGAAAAUCAUUGGACAGACGUUUUAGCUAAUUAUUUUGAAUCAACAUUAGUUGCUAAGUCAUGUGAUCCUGAAAUCUCAGUAGUUGAGGAUCGCAUUCGUUCUGCAGCAAAAUAUUUUGGUCCUAGUUGCAAAGCUGGACCUUGGGUUCCUGAUCCAAAACAAGAUCGCAUCUUAAAAGAUCGUUAUUCAACCUUAUGCCAAAUGUGCUAUGAUCCUUAUCGUUGUGGAAUCGGUGAUAAGCAUUGGGGU